CAGAAUUGAAGAUAGUAGUGCAGUCAACUUCAAGUAUGGCAUCGCCAUCAUCUUCAUCCUAUGCUCGCAAAAAGUAUGAUGUUUACUUGAGUUUUAGCGGCGAGGAUACACGGAAAUCCAUUAUCGAUCAUCUAUAUUAUCGAUUUAGAGAGGCUGGAAUUAAUGUCUUCCGAGACGAUGAACACUUCCAGCGUGGGGAUAACAUUGCUGUUUCCCUGCUUCCGGCCAUCCAGGAGUCGAGGAUAUUCAUAGUCGUAUUCUCCAAAAGAUAUGCCAAUUCAAGCUGGUGCCUAGAGGAGCUUGCAACAAUCAUGGAAUGUAAAGAGCGCUUGAACCAAAUUGUUAUUCCUGUAUAUUAUGGUGUUGAACCUUCAGAGGUUCGCAAACAAAAAGGCGAGUUUGGUUAUGCAUUCGCUGAACACGAAAAACGAUAUGAGUAUGGAGAAGUUAAGAGGUGGAGAGUUUCACUCGAAGCCGCUUCUAAUUUAUCCGGAUGGUCAUUGCAAGGCGACAUGACAUAUAAUGGGUUUGAGCCAAAGUUCAUUGAGAGCAUUACUAACCAUGUACUAAGGGAGCUGAACUUCGAGCCCAGGAAUGUUGCAAAGUAUCCGGUUGGAAUUGAUUCUCGUGUUGGAGAUAUACUUCAUUUAUUGCAAACUCAAAAAAAUGAUGAUGUCAAGAUGAUUGGAAUUUUUGGUAUUAGUGGUAUAGGAAAGUCAACCCUUGCUAAAGCUAUAUACAAUCACUUGAUCGAUUUCCAAGGGUUUGAAGGUAAUUGCUUUGUUGCAAAUAUUAGACAAGAAGUUUCUAAUAAGGGAUACAAUGGUCUAGCUCGUUUACAAGAAAAAAUUCUUCGGAAAACACUGAAGAUAAAAUUUGAAGUUGAUAAUGUUGAAGAAGGGAAAAUUUUGAUCAAACAAAAACUGCAAUCAAAAAGGGUUCUUAUUGUUCUUGAUGACAUAGAUGACAUAAGCCAAUUAGAAUCAUUAGCAGGACAACGAAAUUGGUUUGGUUGCGGCAGCAUUGUCAUAAUAACAACUAGAAAUGUGAAUUUGUUGAGAGACGAUCUAAUUAAAGCACAUGAGAAGUAUGAGAUUGAAACAUUAAGCUUUGAUGAAUCUUCGCAGCUUUUGAGUUUGCAUGCUUUUGGUGUUCUUGUACCACCAGAGGAGUAUACUAAACAAAUCAAAAGAAUAGUAGGUUACACUCGUGGAAUUCCAUUAGCACUUACAGUUUUAGGCUCUCAUUUGCGUGAAAAAUCAGUGGAAGAAUGGAGCAAUGAAGUUGAGAAAUUGGGAUUGAAGGAAGAAGAGAGCAAUGAAGUUGAGAAAUUGGGUUUGGAGGAAGAAGGGAGCAAUGAAGUUGAGAAAUUGGGAUUGAAGGAAGAAGAGAGCAACAAAGUUGAGAAAUUGGGAUUGAAGGAAGAAGGGAGCAAUGAAGAUGAGAAAUUGGGAUUGAAGGAAGAAGGGAGCAAUGAAGUUGAGAAAUUAGGAUUGAAGGAAGAAGGGAGCAAAGAAGUUGAGAAAUUAGGAUUGAGGACUCCAGAUGUCAUCCAAAAAAUUCAUAGAAAAGUCUAUGAUGAACUUGAUGGUAAUACUCGGAGCAUCUUUCUUGACAUUGCUUGUUUCUUUAUUGGACUGAACAAAAAUGAUAUUGUUCAAGAUUUUGGUGUUCAAUUUGAAACUGGAAUAAGAACUUUGAUCAAGAGAGGCUUGUUAACAAUACAUAGAAGUGAAGAAAAAGAGAAGCUCCAGAUGGACCCUUCAGUAUGGGAGAUGGCAAUAGAAAUUAUUCAAAAUGAAUCCCCUCAUGAUCCUAGCAAACGAAGUAGACUUAUGAACGCAGUUGAUGUCUAUGACGUCGUGAUAAAAGGCAAAAAGGGUACAGAACUAAAUGAAGCAAUUGAAGGGAUGUAUGUACAUUCUAGUAUGUUAAAGAAUAAGUCUUUGAGUACUAAAGUACUCUCAAGAAUGAAAAAUUUACGACUCCUCAAAUUGGAUGGUGUGCAUCUCAAAGGGUCUUUUAAGCAUUUACCCAAGGAGCUUAGAUGGUUUUGGUGGCAUAAUUGUCCUUUGAAAAAGAUACCAUCUGAUUUUCACCAUGAAAAACUUGAAGUGUUUCACUUGCAAGGUAGCAAUAUCACAAGUGUUCAACUCAAAAUGCAGCAUUUCAAAAACUUGAGGAUCUUAAACCUUGGUGGUUGUGAACAACUUGAAGAAACACCGAACUUUACUGGGGCUGAAAAUCUUCAGAUACUGUCGUUUAAGUAUUGUAAAAAUUUGGUCAAGUUGCCCUCAUCAAUUGGAUGCUUGGAGAGUCUUAUUGAGUUAGAUUUAGCAUCCUGCCAGAAGCUAAAGAUGCUUCCAGAUAGCACUGGCCAGUUGAACUCACUUCAAUUUUUAUAUCUAAAUGAUUGCUUAAGCCUUGGAGAACUUCCUUUCAACUUGGGAAAAUUAGGGCAACUGAGGAUAUUACAUGCUCAUAGGACUAACAUCUCACGUUUACCUGUUACUUUGGGACAUUUGACGAAUCUCAACAUCCUGUCUGUGGGGUGGCACAAGGAUUUGUUAGGACCACCAAAAUCAAAAUCUCAAUAUUUUGACAAUUCUCAUAUGGUUGGCUUUUUUCCAUCUACAUUUGGAUAUUUACGUUCCUUGGAAGCUUUGAAUAUAGCUCACAACCAUCUGCCUGAUAAAGAGCUGCUUGAUUUUAAGGGAUUAUCCUCAUUGAAAUGUUUAAGUAUAAAGGGAAGUUACUACCUCCAGAGCUUUCCCUUCAGCCUAAGCGUUCUUUCCAGAUUGGAAAUCCUUGAAUUGGAGGAUUGCCCCAAUCUUGAAGAACUUGUACAACUUCCUCCUAGUUUGCUCAAACUCUCUGCAAAAAAUUGUCCCUCAUUGAGAAAAGUAAAUACAUCAAAUUUGAAAAGACUCAAGGAGCUGUAUAUUCCCAAUUGCAAGAGUUUGAUUGAGCUUCCAGGCCUGGAGAGUCUUGAUUCCAUACAUAGACUUGACAUAACAAAUUGUAGUGCUUUGACUAUUCCUUUGACUGAAAACUGCUACCAGGCAUAUUCAGAAGGUGGUGAUGUCGAGAUUUGGCUUCAAAUGGUGGGAUCAUUUUUGUAUUGCACUAUUCCAUUGAGGCAUAAGUUCUUUGAUAUCAUCCAUGGGGGAUUUGAUCCUAAUUACACUUGUGAAGCUCAUAUCAUUAUCAGAAGCAGAACAACUGGUGCUUUGAUUGUAAAGAAAGCCAAGCAUGUAGAUUGUAGGUGUUUAGAGCAUCGCCACCCGUUAAAACUUCACUUUAGAUUGGAGGAUGAUAAUAUUGUGAUCAACAAGUCUGAAAGAUUUCAUUUUAGGGUCCGAAUAAAGGUUGGGGAAGAAGUGGAGGUGUAUGCAGUGUUCCAACCUUUGAAGAUAUUUAGCUUGUGUGUAUUACAUAGAAACAGAUCAGAUGGUGAAGUGCGCUUCUUUCCAUGUCCCAAGGGGUUCAUAGAAUUUGAUGAACUAGCAAUAGAUGAUGCCACAGAGAGAGACCAUUCCUUGGCCUCUAACGAAGAGGUUGGAAAUUCCAGGGAGAAAGCAGAAACUGGGGUUCGAAUUGUUGAAAUUACAGAAGAACAAAAUACCCAGUUUGCUGGACAAGAUGAAGUAAUGCAGUCCGAGGACAUUAGGAAGGUGCCCAAGGCAAUAAUGUCGCCUCCAUCUGUGCUACCAAGAGGCGGGGAGAAAAGGAGUCCAUCUCCUGUUGCCAAGAAACCGAGCCUGUCAGAGCAAAUUCAGAAAUUGCAUGAUGAGUCCACCAGAAUCACGGCCGAGGGGUCCAAACUGAAGAGGGGCAUUUUGGAGUUGUUGGACGAUGUUGCGCAACUACGAUCUAAGGAGGAUGCCACCACUCUAGAACUCUCAGCAUUAUUGGAUAUGCUCAAGCUCCAGAGCAAGGGGUACACGACUGCCCUGGAGAUGACUCAAUUUUUGCUGGGGGCUUUGAAGAACUACGAGGUGGAACGGCUCUAUCAAAAUGAUACAACAGGUAGUUGUCUAGGUGUUAUUGAGAUGGAGGAGUCAGAUCCAGUCUCUACUAUAGUCGAAGAAGAUAUGGUUGACCCCCUGCAAAGUGAUAACACUGUUGGAGUUAGGAAUUCAAUGAGAAAACUAACUAUAAAGGAGGUUGAUGUUUCUUCUGACGACGAUUCUGAGCCUCAUUUACCUGCAAAGAAAUCUAAUAACAAUGAGGUAGGUUGGUGGAAAAGCCAGAAAGAAUUGAUAAAGAAGUUCUGGAGUUGUUUUUUACUCAAAAGAAAUUUGAAGGGCUAAUCGUGGUUAAGCUUGGAGAAGGCAUUGAGGUUACAGGUACUGGGAUGUACUCGCUCAAGCCGGGAGAAAUGAUACAAG